AUGGAUUCAAAGAGUGACAUCGAGCUCAGUGUUCAAGGAGGGAGUAGCAAACCUGGCGUUGGAGCAACUAAAUCUGACCUUCCAGAACGAGGUUCUUGGGGCAGCAAGUUAGACUUCAUCCUCUCAGUUAUCGGACUGGCUAUUGGUUUAGGCAACGUCUGGCGCUUCCCUUAUCUGUGCUACAAAAAUGGUGGCGGCGCCUUCCUUAUUCCGUACUUCCUCACCCUCUUCCUUGCCGGGAUUCCGAUGUUCUUCAUGGAACUUGCUAUGGGACAGAUGCUUACGAUCGGUGGCUUGGGAGUUUUCAAAAUAGCACCCAUUUUUAAAGGUAUCGGCUACGCAGCAGCAGUGAUGUCAUGUUGGAUGAACGUGUACUACAUAGUCAUCUUAGCGUGGGCCAUCUUCUACUUCUUUAUGUCAAUGAGAUCUGAUGUUCCAUGGAGAACUUGUGAUAACUACUGGAACACGGACACUUGUGUGAAUCCGUAUGACAGGAAGAACCUGACCUGCUGGUCCGACUUCGAUAUGAACACUUUCUGUACACUCAACGGCAAGAAUGUCAGUAAGGCAUUCCUCUCUGAUCCUGUUAAAGAAUUUUGGGAACGUCGCGCUCUCCAAAUAUCCAGCGGUAUAGAACACAUCGGUAACAUCCGCUGGGAGCUGGCGGGCACGCUGCUGCUGGUGUGGGUGCUCUGCUACUUCUGCAUCUGGAAAGGAGUUCGUUGGACCGGCAAAGUCGUGUACUUCACCGCGCUGUUCCCAUACUUUUUGCUGACUGUACUGCUUAUUAGGGGUAUCACUCUCCCGGGAGCGUUUGAGGGCAUAAAGUUCUACGUGAUGCCAAACAUGUCAAAACUUCUUGAAUCAGAAGUAUGGAUAGACGCUGUAACUCAGAUCUUCUUCUCGUAUGGUCUCGGUCUCGGAACUCUCGUCGCGUUGGGAAGUUACAAUAAGUUCACAAAUAAUGUAUACAAAGACGCUCUAAUAGUGUGUUCAGUCAACUCCAGUACGUCGAUGUUCGCUGGUUUCGUCAUAUUCUCGGUUGUGGGCUUCAUGGCUCACGAGCAACAAAGACCUGUGGCUGAAGUCGCUGCAUCAGGGCCGGGUCUAGCGUUCUUAGCGUACCCGUCCGCGGUGCUGCAGCUCCCGGGCGCGUCUCUGUGGUCGUGUCUGUUCUUCUUCAUGUUGCUCCUCAUCGGUCUGGACAGUCAGUUUUGUACUAUGGAAGGAUUCAUCACUGCCGUCAUUGAUGAGUGGCCGAAACUAUUGAGACGUAGGAAGGAAAUAUUCAUUGCGAUUACAUGCAUCAUAUCUUAUUUGGUCGGAUUGUCUUGCAUCUCUGAGGGAGGAAUGUACGUUUUCCAAAUACUAGACUCGUACGCCGUCUCCGGUUUCUGUCUGUUAUUCUUGAUCUUCUUCGAGUGCGUGUCCAUCUCGUGGGCGUUUGGUGUGAACCGCUUCUACGACGGAAUAAAGGAAAUGAUCGGAUACUACCCAACUAUAUGGUGGAAAUUCUGCUGGGUUGGAUUCACGCCCGCUAUAUGCAUCAGCGUGUUCAUCUUCAACCUGGUCCAGUGGAAGCCCAUCAAGUACAUGAGCUACGAGUACCCGUGGUGGUCGCACGUGCUCGGCUGGUUCACGGCGCUGUCCUCCAUGCUGUGCAUCCCGGGGUACAUGCUGUACCUGUGGAGGGUCACGCCGGGGACUAACAUGGAGAAAUUCCACAAGAUAGUUCGUAUCCCGGAAGACGUUCCCACUCUCCGCACCAAGAUGCAGGCCGAGGAACAAGCGAAACACGCUAGCGCUUAA